AUGCCCCGUUCUGAUGGUGCUACCCCUUGGAUGCCAGAUUGUACUCAUUGGACUGUCUCCAACUCGUCUCGUUCUGCUGCUCCGGUUGCUCGUCUCUCUCUUGGUGCUUUGCGAAGGUAUUGGCACCCUGCAAAGGGUACCAUUACCUCUCGUAUGGGUCCUCCCUUGAAGUUGCCUGCCCAUUUGUUGCUGUCUCCUGCUUCGUGGCGUCUUUUCUGGUCCCUGGAAAUGCCUGCAAAGGCUUUCACACCUUGGUGGCGAUUGCUACAUGACCGUGUCCCGCACCGUUCGUGGUGCCAUAGGAUUAUGCCUACAAAAGUUCUGUCUCCUGCUUGUGCUCUUUGUGGUUUCACUACCGCGAAAAACUUAGCGGAAAUGCUCUAA